UUAUGUAUCUGGAGGGGUUCAGGCCGCUCUUUGUAUCUGGAGAGGUUCAGGCCGCUCUAUGUAUCUGGAGAGGUUCAGGCCGCUCUAUGUAUCUGGAGGGGUUCAGGCCGCUCUAUGUAUCUGGAGGGGUUCAGGCCGCUCUAUGUAUCUGGAGGGGUUCAGGCCGCUCUAUGUAUCUGGAGGGGUUCAGGCCGCUCUAUGUAUCUGGAGGGGUUCAGGCCGCUCUAUGUAUCUGGAGGGAUUCAGGCCGCUCUAUGUAUCUGGAGGGGUUCAGGCCGCUCUAUGUAUCUGGAGAGGUUCAGGCCGCUCUUUGUACCUGGAGAGGUUCAGGCCGCUCUUUGUAUCUGGAGAGGUUCAGGCCGCUCUAUGUAUCUGGAGGGGUUCAGGCCGCUCUAUGUAUCUGGAGGGGUUCAGGCCGCUCUUUGUACCUGGAGAGGUUCAGGCCGCUCUUUGUACCUGAAGAGGUUCAGGCCGCUCUUUGUAGCUGGAGAGGUUCAGGCCGCUCUAUGUAUCUGGAGAGGUUCAGGCCGCUCUAUGUACCUGGAGAGGUUCAGGCCGCUCUUUGUACCUGGAGAGGUUCAGGCCGCUCUUUGUACCUGGAGAGGUUCAGGCCGCUCUUUGUACCUGGAGAGGUUCAGGCCGCUCUAUGUAUCUGGAGGGGUUCAGGCCGCUCUAUGUAUCUGGAGGGGUUCAGGCCGCUCUUUGUACCUGGAGAGGUUCAGGCCGCUCUUUGUACCUGGAGAGGUUCAGGCCGCUCUAUGUAUCUGGAGGGGUUCAGGCCGCUCUAUGUAUCUGGAGGGGUUCAGGCCGCUCUAUGUAUCUGGAGGGGUUCAGGCCGCUCUAUGUAUCUGGAGGGGUUCAGGCUGGUGUAUGUCUUCUCCCCUUUGUCCGUUCUGUCGGCCCGCAAAAAAUAG